AUGCAGACGCACGUCGUCAGGGUCCCCGCCCGGGAGUCUGAAUUAGGACGCUUUCGCGACCACGAGGGUCCCAACCGGCUGGAAGAAUGGUGCGUGAGCGCGGCCGACUCAUCGCGACCCUCAAUCGAAGCGCUCACCAAGGCUGGUGCGCACCUCAAGAACAAUGAUACACCGGUAGCCUUUCCGACGGAGACUGUAUAUGGUCUCGGGGCUGAUGCUACACGCAGCACUGCCGUCAAGGGAAUUUACUCGGCCAAAGGGCGCCCGUCUGAUAACCCACUCAUCGUUCACGUCUGCGACUUGCAGAUGCUACGAAGCUUGCUGGGCAACGCGGCAGACGGGCAGGAGAUCACCCUCCCAGCGAAAUACAAGACAUUGAUAGACAAGUUCUGGCCCGGCCCUCUGACGAUAUUGCUGCCUAACGCGCAGCCCUCGAAGCUGGCGCCCGAGGUAACGGCCGGCCUGCCGACCUUUGGCGUGCGCAUGCCGUCCUCGACGCUGGCGCUGUCGCUGAUCAAGCUGGCGGGCGUGCCGCUGGCGGCGCCAUCCGCCAAUGCUUCCACGAAGCCGUCCCCGACGGCGGCGCAUCACGUCAAACACGACCUGGACGGGCGGAUCGAGCUGAUCCUCGACGGUGGGCCCAGCCAAGUCGGCGUGGAGAGCACCGUUGUGGACGGGCUCUGCGAUCCGCCGGUUGUGCUGCGUCCCGGCGGCAUCAGCAUGGAGGAGCUACGCAGCUGCCCCGGAUGGGAAAACGCUGUCAGGGCGUACAAGGACCACAGCGAGGAGGGCAAGGCGGCCCCGCGAGCGCCAGGCAUGAAGUAUAAGCACUAUAGCCCCAAGGCGCGCGUCGUAUUGUACGAGGCGUCGUAUAACGCUGCUUCGGACGGCAUCGUGUCUGCGGAUGUUGAGUCUGCCAAUGUGACCCAAAACGGCCAUCCGCAGAAUGGUGAUGAGAAACCGGCGAGAAGGGUUGGCGUCAUUCGAACGCAACGGUGGAAAGCCGCUGCCGGCCUCCAUGUGCAGAAUUGGCGCGAAGCGUCGCCCGUGGCGAUGGAAGUUGACAAAUCGGGCUAUGAGGUAUAUACGGGCGACCUUGUUGGUGCCAGUGGUCACGUAAUCGGCGAGCUGUUUGAUAUAAACCUGGGCAAAGACACAAAAGGCAUCGCGCAAGGUCUCUUUGCUGCGUUGCGUGAGCUCGAUAGCCGAGACGCCGACACGAUAUUUGUCGAUGGUAUAGACGGAGAACUAGACAUUGCUGCUGCGGUCAUGAAUCGCCUGCGCAAAGCAGCAUCGGAACUUAGAUCAUGA